CUUGCUUCGGCUUUCCCUCUCUUCACUGUUCUCUCAUCUCUUCCCUCCGUUUUUUCUCCUUCACUUUUCUUCAUUCAUUCUCCUCUACCUUCCUCCAACCAUGAACGCAUCCAUUAUCGAUCCGUUGCAGGGAGAUUUCCCGGAAGUGAUAGAAGAAUAUUUGGAACAUGGGGUUAUGAAAUGUAUUGCUUUCAAUCGUCGUGGUACCCUUCUUGCUGCUGGGUGCAAUGAUGGAAGUUGCGUUAUCUGGGAUUUUGAAACUAGGGGCAUUGCUAAAGAGCUUCGAGAUAAAGAAUGUUCUUCUCCCGUGACCAGUAUUUGUUGGUCAAAGUGUGGUAAUCAAAUACUUGCGUCUGCUACUGACAAGUCGCUAUCACUGUGGGAUGUUAUGAGUGGUAAGAGGAUAACAAGAAUAGUUUUGCAACAAACCCCUCUACAAGCUCGUCUUCAUCCAGGUUCCUCAACACCGUCUCUCUGCUUGACAUGUCCUCUCUCAUCUACUCCGAUGAUUGUUGACUUAAGCACAGGAAAUACAACUUCUCUUAAAGUUUUUGUCUCAGACAAUUCAAAUGGACCAAACCCUGCCUCGCGUAACAAGUGUUCCGAUGGAAGUACCUCCUUUACACCUACUGCUGCAUGUUUUAGUAAGUAUGGCAACUUGGUUUAUGUGGGAAACUCAAAAGGGGAAAUUCUUGUAAUUGACUCUAAAGAUGGUGAGGUCCGAGCCAUGGUUCCUAUCUCUGGUGGUUCUGUAGUGAAGAACAUUGUAUUCAACAGGAAUGGAAAGUAUCUUCUGACGAACUCAAAUGAUCGAAUAAUCAGGAUCUAUGAAAAUCUUCUUCCCCUGAAAGACGAAGUUAGAGCACUUCAUGAACUGAAUGAGAACCUCAGUGAUCUAACUGGUGUUGAAAAGUUGAAGGCUGUAGGAUCACAAUGUUUAACUCUAUUCCGAGAGUUUCAAGAUUCAAUCACAAAGGUGCACUGGAAAGCACCGUGUUUCAGUGGUGAUGGUGAGUGGGUUAUUGGUGGAUCUGCUAGCAAAGGAGAGCACAAGAUUUACAUAUGGGAUAGAGCUGGACGUCUUGUGAAAAUCCUCGAAGGGCCUAAGGAAGCUAUUACCGAUUUAGUGUGGCAUCCUGUACGUCCGAUUGUGGUAUCUGUUUCUUUGAAUGGCACAGUUUAUAUCUGGGCAAAAGAUUACACUGAGAACUGGAGUGCUUUUGCUCCUGAUUUCAAAGAGCUUGAGGAAAAUGAGGAGUAUGUGGAGCGUGAAGACGAAUUUGAUUUAAUUCCUGAGACCGAGAAGGUAAAAGUAUUUGAUUUUAAUGAAGAUGAGGAAAUUGACAUUGUGACGGUGGAGAAAGAUACUACUUUCAGCGACUCUGAUAUGUCUGAAGAAGAGUUAUGUUUCCUGCCAGCAACUCCCAUUCGUGAUGUUCCUGAACAGCAGAACAAGGUCUUAGAAAGCUCUUCAAAGCUAGUGGACAGGAACAACUCUGGAUCCCCACUUUCAGAAGAUGCAAUACCAAAUGGACAUUUAACGGAUCACGCCUCAAGUCCAGUUAAAGAUGAUGCUGGGGGAACACGAAGUAAAAGAAAGCGAAAACCUUCAGAGAAGGUGUUGGAGUUGCAGGCAGAAAAAGUCAAGAAAUCCUCAAAAGCUAGCAAAUCAUCAAAACCCAAAAGUAAAUCUUUAGGUGGUGUGAGUAAUGGUAAUGGUAAUAGAAAUAGUUAUUGUAAUGAACUUUCUGAUGAAUAAUGGCAGAUUGCAAUUCUUUUAUUUUAAAAAAAAAACAUUUUACUAUUUAUCA